AUGGAUGAUCUGUGUUGUGCCCAUGACUUCGAUCUUAAAACCCGGGAAAGGAUCGAGAUUCACUUGCUGCGGAGUGCCGAAGGCAGCUUCCUGUGGGUGGGAUUUGUGGUCAAUGAGAUGAUGACAUUGGAAACUCACACCGAGAUUCUUGAUACAAUGAAGAGGAUCCCGAGGGGACUGCCUGAGAUGUACAGCCGAAUACUCGCCCAAAUCAAACAGAAGCACCAGAAGUUCGUACCGAUAGUGGUGACUCUCCUCCACUGGCUCGCCGUUUCCACAAAGUCACUGAGUCCUAGCGAACUCCUCGCUGUGCUGGCUCAUGACAAGAUAGUCAUAGGACUGAAAACAAUUCAAGAUCUGAUCAAGAUCUGUGGCGGGUUUCUUCAAAUAUACAGCAAUGACAAGUACGGUCGUUCUGGCAAUGUCACACUAGUUCAUCAGUCUGCAAAGGAAUAUCUCGCGACCAACUCCGACCCCGAAUUGGAAGAGUUCUGGUUUGCUGAAGAUCUAGCACACUUUUACAUUGCCAAUAGAUGCCUCGAGCGUCUCGAGUCGAUCCCUGAUUUAGGAUAUAGGGCGACAAAUCUCCUAUCAGAUUCCUCGAGAUGGACGAUGAGUUUAUUUUUAGGAUAUUUUCCAGGAAGACACCCAAAGAACUUUUCAUCAACAAUCCAAAAUUUCCCCCCUGAUCAGGCUGAGCUGGCGAAAGUCAACUUCUACCUCCCCUAUUCUCGAAACCAUUGGGAAACGCUAUUCCGAGGUCGUGCAAACAUUGUUCAAGUAAACAGAAAUGCGAACCUCCAGGCCAACCCGAAUAUUGCCAACCUACUUCUCGACGCUGGUGCCGACGAGAAUGGCGAUGACCAAGGGAAAACGGUCCACUUGUUGACCAUGUGCUGGCACAAGGGGAUGAAAAUCUGCUGCGCAUUAAAGAUAUCAACACUCCGCGAGACGAUUCGGGCAUCUGCAGGACAAUCAUGGUAG